UAUAUAAACUGUACUCUGUAGAUGCUGUAUGAGGAGAUGGGUCCCAUGGGUCCCGGUGAACUUCUACACUCUACCAGUGAUAGUAUGAUACGAAGCAGAUACAGGGAUCAUUUAAGUAUAGAUAUAGAUCAGGGGGAUGAAGGAGGAGAUACAGACAGUAAUAAAACAGAGGUUGAAGAGAUAGAGAUGGUUGAUAUGGAGGGUAGGGCUGAAUAUACAGAGUUUGAUGAAUCUAUAUCUCUACUACAUGCUAGACAAAGAAUGGAAACUCGUGGCAGAGUGAUCUCUAGUCAGGGACCAGAUGAGGGAAUCGAGCUUCAAAGUGAUCGAUCAAGUAUUCGAUCAGUAACUGAUAGUGAUAGAGAUCGGGAGGAUGAUAAGCUGGAUGUGAAUGGGAAUCAAAGUGUUUUCCCGAUUAUGAACGAGCAUACCCGACCCAUCUCAAUCUAUAGGCACACACCUGUGUUUACCAGUCAGCGUUUAACCGUCCCCUCUCUUCCACCCAAGGAAACUCCAUUAUUAGAAGAUAAAAGUAAAAUUGAGAAGAAGAGUAAAAUCCGAAGGAAAAAGGAUGAGGAGAAGAAUGUGAAAAAAUCUGAAGAUAUUGAAGGAUAUAAAGGAUAUCAAGAUGUGGACGCUAUCCUACAGUUUAUAGGUGCUGAAUCAGACAACUUGGGGAAAAAGAACCGAAAAUCUGCAGAAAAGAAUACUGAGAAGAUUGAGGAUAAGAAGAACAAGAAGAAUACUAAAAAAGAAGAUUCUUCGAACACGGAAAAAAGAAAGAAGAAGGAAAAAUCCGCUGAGAAAGAAGUUGUCAGGAAAAGCGCUAGUAAGAAGAAUUCUGUUGAAGUAUCAACGGAAGACGAGGAAAUGGGAAGUAAGCCAAGGCGGGAGGAUGAGACGGGAUCCAAGCCAAGACGGGAGGAAGAGGAGAGACAGGAGGGCGGGAGUGUAGCCAGCAGUGGGCAGGGAACGGUUAGUAGUGGACGGGGAACUGCCCAUUCGGUAGAUUUGGGACAACCCGAUCCCGCCCAUACCACAUAUCCUUCAAGAGAAUCAACUAAGGAUAUUUCUGAUUCCUCAUCCCCUCCACUGGAACUAGAGGCAGAAAUAUUCUAUCCGGAAAGAGAGGUGCUUGAGUUCACAGAGGUAACUAAGAAACCAAGGAAGAAGAAAGAUAGGUCUGCUAGAUUACCAACUGGGUCUGCUUUCAGUGAGGAGAAUAGAUCUCGCGGAGAGGACGAGCUAGGACAAGGACAAGGACGCCGAGGACAUCUUGUCCGGGGUAACUCACAGAACCAGGACAACGAGGACUGGACUUUCAGAGGAUAUCAAAGAAUCCGUGGGUCUGGAGACAAGAUAUCUGGAACUAAAUCUACUUGCUCAGUUCCCCCGAGCGAGGCGAGUGAUACAGACGACCACGAUUCCGUUCACUCACUUCCGGUCGGAUCUACGCGCGUCAAGGUCUCCGCGCCUGCGCACUCGGUCAGCAGUGGACACACACCUCAGGCGAGUUAUGCCGAUAUCGCUCGACAUGCUGCUGCUCUGUAUACCCAGCAGGCAGGACAACAACAACAUGCAGUUUAUAGAGAACAUUUACAGUACAGAGAAACUUCUCCCGGGAAUAACAAGGAAUCCAUUUCUUCCACAGAGGGUGAUAUUCCUCCCUACACUCCUACCGAAGAUAUUCCUACAAUUCAUUCAUUCCCCGCCCUAGUCCCGCCCACCCCUGCAGAAACCGCCACGCCCACCAAACCACCUUCAGCCUUGAAUAAUCAAAACAUUGUGACCCCUGGUAAGGGGGAGAAUUGUGAUACUGUUUGUGAACCAAGAAUAAACUCUGAUAUUAAAGUGACUAAUCCAUGUAAUGAUCCUAAACCUAAUCCUGAACCUGCUUCUCAUCCCACCCAACCCAGUCAGAAUAUUAAACCAAAUAAUCGUGAUAAAGACACUAGAACUCUUAAGCAUAGUCCUGCUCAAUCCCAGACCAGUAAAUCCCAUAUCAAUUCCACAGCGUUAGAGACACCUAGUGGUAAAUUAUCGAACUACACAGUUAAACCAAAAGCCAGCAGUGAGACGCGGCUGAUGAACGGUGGGACAGUGGAUAAAAGUAGGAAAGCUACCAAUGGUCCCUUCCCUGCUCAAGCUGUUGUCAUUCUGGAGAAAUCAGAAACGGAGCCCGACCAACAAGAUCUCAGUUUUGGAUUCGAUCUUAACCCCGACCUUCUGGCAAUGUCGGAUAAAACUGAACUACCCGGGGACCAACCAACCAAUCCAACCGAUACCUCGGAAAACAUCUCAUCCAACCCGGAGCUCUGCUCCCAGCUGCAGAAUGUCGAUGAGUAUUCUGAGGAUGAGGAUGAGAAGGAGUGGAUGGAGAAGGAGGAGGAGAAGGAGUGGAUGGAAGAAAAGGAGGAGGAGAAGGAGUGGAUGGAUGAGGAGGAGGAGAAGGAGUGGAUGGAGGAGGAAGAGGGAUGGUAUGAGCAGCAGGAGAAGGAGAAGAAAGAGACCCGAAGGAGAAGUGAUAGACGAAAUUUUAACUAUGAUGUUAUAGUGGAUUUUGUAAACCAAGGCUGGGAUGUUGUUAGUUCUGAGUUGGUUGUCACUGGAUCUAAAGUUACAUAUUACACAGUUAGCUAAAUCUACGUCACCUGUUUAGCUAAUAGGAGACCGAGCUCUUUUUUCAAAUUUGUUGAAUGAAAAAUGUGGAUUGUAAAUGUUGGACCAAUUGCCAGCUAUUUGAUCUGUUCCUUUUCCACGAAAAUAUAACCUCUUCUAUUCUUGCAAGAGGGGCGAGCUUACAAUCUGGAAAUUACAACUUCUAAGCUAUUUCACUGAAUGAAAACUAGACUACUCGUCAAAACAGUAAAAUCGAUAUUCUUGUAAUAGCUUGUGAUUGAUUGAAAGCUAAAUCAAGCUAUUUGUCCUGUCUUUUAAGUGAUUAUUCAAACUAAUAUCAGCUAAUCACAAUAUUUGCUAAUAAUUUAAUUGGUUUUAAAUUAAAUACUAAUCUGAUAAGCUAUAAAAUAGCUUUACUAUUUGUCUCCCUUGCUAUUGAUAGCUGUAGUACCACUAACUAUGAUUAUAGUAACGAAAGAUAACGUUGCAUUACACUAACUAGUCACAAAAGAACUAACUGUACUACCGAAUUAAGAAAAUCCACGAAAAUACUUCCUUUGUUCACUACACAGUACACUGUAUACUAUACGGUGUACACAAUACACUAUAUACUGUACGGUGUACACUGUACACAGCACAUAUUGUACAGCCACACUGUUGCACUGUAAGUAAACAAGUGAAUGUAUGUGAUUGUAUCUAACAUUAAAUCCAUAUGUACAUUAUUGGAAAUGUUAAAAUGUAUUAAUUGUUUGUCAACCAUUGAUAUUUUUUCCUAGAUUUGUUGGUUAACAGUUCUACAACGUAAACCCAACAAUCCUACUAGUUUUAUAAACAGCUUAUAUAUUUUUGCGAAAGCCAGUUAAUCGUAGGAUUAAUUUGUGGCAUUAUUUGGCGUGUUAGCUUUGUGAAAGUAAAUUUUUGUAAUUUUCUCCAAAUUGUCCAGUCCAUACUCUAUACCUAAAUUGAAUUUAAUGGCACCUUAAAACUUUACUGCGUAGAACCAAUCAGAUUUAGAUUUAACACGAUUAUCCAUUUUUUAAUCACCGCUUCGGUCCUAACAAUCCUAUUAAUUAUGGCUCCGUGUCAAAGAAAAUUAGUCCUGAUUUUUUAUAUAAAAUAUGG